CAAAUAACGGGAUUUGCUUUAGAUAGAGGUAUACUAUAAAUACCAGGAUAAUAUCCAUUAGACGGAGGUUGAACAGAUCAGGUUGAAUAGUAAGAAUGGAUCACUCUAGUAUGGGCCACAGCAUGCCGGGCCACGAAAUGCCAGGCCACGAUAUGCCAGGCCACGAUAUGCCAAUGGAUGAAAUGUGCUCGAUGAAUAUGAUAUUUACUUGGAAUUGGAAGAAUACUUGUAUAAUAUAUGAAUGGUGGCAUAUCAAGACGUUUACGCAAUUUGUGAUAUCGUUUGUUGCUGUUGUUUUAUUAGGAAUGGGGUAUGAAUUCACUAAAAAUUUAUUUAAUAGAUGGCAGGUUACAAAUAUUAAUAUGGUCAAUGGAACCACCAAUACCAAUUCUAAUACUAUCAAGAAGUAUAAAUUACAACAAAGUUUGUUUUACGGAUUCCAGGUUGGAUAUUCCUUUAUGUUGAUGUUAGUUUUCAUGACUUAUAAUGGGUGGUUUAUGUUGGCAGUUGUCAUUGGAGCAGUUAUUGGUCAUAAUAUCUGGAAUAAUCCAAUUAUUACUGAUGAUAGAUCUAUGGCUUGUCAUUAAAGGUAUAUUAUUAAGUA